AUGGAACGAGAUAAUGCGUUCAUGCGCGAUGCCAUAGCGUUCAUUUCCAACCAGAAAGACCCGGCUGCUAUCAACGACAACGUCAAUUUCUUCUUCGGUCCUGACAUAGCGUUCACAUGCUGGGCGAAAAUGGGGCUGUACGAUGCUGAGUUUGACGGAGUCAAACCUUGGUAUGCCAAGAUUCCUCGUGUUCAAUGCAUGGACGGGUUUGUGCUGAUCACGGAAGCUCUCAAAGGAGGAGACGGACUCGAUGUCCUCGUUUGCUUGGAAUCAACAACGAUGGUAAAACUGAAGGAACUGUACGCUAACAUCGACUACCUCCAAGACUAGGUCACUUAAUUUCCAU